AUGGCACACCACCACCGUAGCCACAGGCAUCUGCCUCGCAACCCGGACUUUUGGAGCGACAUUUUCAAGAACCCGUUCGGUUCCAACGAUGACGACGACAGCAACAGCGGAGGAAGCAGCAACAAUGGAGGUAAUGAUAAAAUCAGGCGUCAAGACGACGACGACGACCAGCCCACUUCUACGCGCAGACGCGCUAACAGACAAGGUCGAUCAACUGUGAUCCGUACCAUUUACCAAACCGUCACCGAUGGCGCCGUCGCUGCUGCUACCACCUCUUCCACGAAGCUCAUCGUCGCUCCCUCUGCCCUCCCCACCCGCCGAAUCACCACCUCGUCUUCCGAUUCGGCCGAUUCCGGUACCACUAUCGCGAGAGCGGGCGGUGCCGUUGCUGUGACUCCCGACGCCUCCACCACCACUUCUGCUGCCGACGAGACCUCGACUUCGCUCCCCUCCGUCAUCGAGGAGCCUCUUACUGAGAGCAUUCAGACGACCCUUGCUCUCGCGACUGAUGCUCCCACUCUCGCCCGCUCUACCAGGUCUGCUGCCACUGCCAACGAAAUCACCGCCACUUCUAGCCCUUCCGCAACCGCCACUGCCGCCAGCGACAAGUCCGCCUCCGAGCCCAGCGGCGCCGCGAAAGCUGGCAUCGCUAUUGGUGUUUUGGCCGGUGUUUUGGUCGUCUUCUUGCUCGUCUUCUUCCUUUUCAACCGCCGCAAGAAGCAGUUGGAACAGCAACGCCUGGCUGAUGAGGAUGAGAAGAGCAACUUCGGAACCGCUGCCGCUGUCACUGCUGGCAACAAUAACAACAACCCCCGCGCUCCUCGUGUCAGCCUCCGUCCCGUCACUCAGUUCCUGCCUAACCUCAACCUCGACAAGCGCCAGAGCCGAGAGCCCCACGUCAAUGGAAACAUGGCCCCUGCUGCUGCCCUUGGUGCCCGUUCCCCCGGCCAGAGUGCCUGGGAGCGACCCGUCACGGGCCAGAACUCCAACCCCUCCAACCCCUUCGGAUCCGGCGCCGAGAGGAUCAACGGUACCAUUGUCGAGGAAACUGCGAGCUCCUUGAGCCUCAACGAGAAGCCUCUGCCUUCUGUCGUCGACGCCUCCACUGUUGGUACCGCCGUGAGCGGACCUCCCCAUGCUGCCAACGGAGCCGCAGUAGCUGUUGGUGCUGCAGCCGCCGCCGGAGCUGGUGCUGUUGCCGCUGGAGGUCUUGUCCGCAAGGCGUCAACCCGCAAGGACGGCCCCAAGGCCCUCGAUCUCACCCUGCCCGCGACCGCGCCCCUGUCUACUGUCCCCGCCAGCCCGUCUGGUACCGAGUUCAGCGCCACGUCUGCUGGCCCCGGUCACCACUCCAACAGCUCCACCGGAUCUGCCGCCAUUGCUGCUGCUGGCGGACCCGCUAACACGACUGUUCAUCGCGUGCAACUCGACUUCAAGCCUACUCUGGAGGAUGAGAUGGAAUUGAGAGCUGGUCAACUUGUGCGCCUUCUCCACGAGUAUGACGACGGCUGGGCGCUCUGCAUUCGCUUGGAUAGAUCCCAGCAGGGUGUUGUACCGCGUACCUGCUUGUCAACUCGUGCCGUCAAGCCUAGACCUCAGGGGCCUCAAGGACCUCCUCGCGGUCCUCACAUGGGCCCCAACGGUCCCAACGGCCCCCCGCGGGGUCCUGGCCCCCACUACCCUCCCGGGCAACGCCCCAUGACCCCCCAGGGCGGUCCUUACCCUCGCCCCGAGUCGCCUGCGCGUCCUCGAACUGCCGGUGCCCGACCCCAAUCCCCGGCCGGCAACCGCGGACCUGGAGGCCGACCUCAGUCCCCGGGCCCCCGAUUCCAAGGACCCCCGGGACAGAGACCUCAGAGCCCCGGAGGACAGGGGCGCAAGGCGAGCCCUCCUUCGGGACCUAGUAGAAUCCCCCAGCCCAGCCGAAUGAACCCUACCGGACCCCCGCCACAACAGGGUCCCGGUCGUCCAGGCCCGCCAAUGGGACCUGUCGGCCGCAAGCCCGUCCCCGGUCAAGCUCCCCCGCCCCCGAGCCAGUCUCCUCCGCCUGGCCAGGCUGUGUAA